GCGGCCCAGCCUCGCAGUCCAGCUUACUUCUGGUUUGAAAUUGAAGGCUCUUUGGCGGCCGGGGCAGAUCUCCGGCAGGGACUCCCCCGCGUUCGCUCAGAAGGAAAGCUAACACUCUCCACCGGCUACCGGAGCCGUGGCUACCUCCCAGCUGGCACCCCACUCCCCCGCCUCCGGGGGCGCCCCCGGGGCGAGUACCGGAGUUCCCUUACCCCGAAGGGGAAAUGCGAGUCGGCGGGGUCAUGGCCACCCUUUCGGACCUGCCGGACUCGGUCAUAUUGGAGAUCUUCUCUUACCUCCCGGUGCGGGACCGGAUUCGCCUCUCCAGGGUCUGUCACCGUUGGAAGAGGCUGGUGGGCGACCGGUGGCUGUGGCGGCACGUCGACCUGACCGUCUGCAGGAUGCGGCCUAAAGUCAUGUGGCACCUCCUUCGGCGGUACAUGGCAUCCAGACUCCAUUCCCUGCGGCUGUGUGGCUACCUGUCCGCAGGCUCCCAGGCUCCCCAGUUGUCCCCAGCCCUGAUGAGGGCCCUGGGCCAGAAGUGCCCCAACCUCCAGCGUCUCUGCCUGCACGGGGCUGACCUGAGCGUGGUGCCAGUCACCAGCCUGCCUUGCACCCUGAGGACGCUGGAGCUGCACAGCUGUGAGAUUCCCAUGGCCUGGAUCCUCAAGGGGCGGGACCCCCCUGUGCUGCCCCUGCUCGAGUCCCUGGUGCUGGACCGCGUCCCUGCCUUUCGGGACGAGCACCUGCGGGGCCUGACGUCCUUCCGCGCCCUGCGCUCACUGGUGCUGGGCGGUGCCUACCGGGUGACUGAGGCCGGGCUGGAUGCCAGCCUGCAGGAGCUGAGCUCCCUGCGGAGGCUGGAGGUGCUGGGCUGUGCCCUCUCGGCCGACAGCACCCUCCUGGCCAUCAGCCGCCACCUCCGGGAUGUGCGGAAGGUCCGGCUCACGGCCACGGGUCUCUCAGCCGCCGGCCUGUCUGUGCUGGAGGGAAUGCCGGCGCUGGAGAGCCUGUGCCUGCAGGCCCCGCACGUCGCCCUGGAAACACUCUCCCCGGCUGAAAUACUCUCCUCCUGCCGCACCAUGCCCAGGCUUAGGGUCCUUGAGCUGCAGGGGCUGGGGUGGGAGGGUCAGGAGGCGGAGAGGAUCCUGUGUCAGGGCCUGCCCCGCUGUCUGGUCAUCCUCAGGGCCGGCCCCAAAGAGUCUGCGGACUGGUGGGUAUGACCCGCCACCUGGCUCUGAGACCCGUCUCAGUUUUCAUUAGUGAGCAAGCACCUUGCAGAGGGCAGGGCAUUAGGCUAGACGGCCCGCAGGCCAAAGGUAGAGAGAAGCGAGGCCUUGCACUGCCAGACAAUUGGAAUGGUCAGUGUGUGGCUUCUGACAUCGGCCAGUCUGGGCCCCACAUCUGGAAAUGGGAAGGCCAUCGUUACCUCAUGCUUACGCUGCAAAGCCUUACACUUUACUGAGCCCCAGAGGUCUUCCGUGAAGGGGCAUUCUCAGGGCGGUCCUCAGAAACAGGGUGGGCGCACAGGAGUGUGGUUAGGAGUCAGGGGGUCCUGAGAAGCCAGGGCCCUUAGGAAGCCUGGAAGGACGGUCUGCAUGUGCACCCCACACCACUGAUUAUACCUACAUGCACAGAGAAGACACGGGAAGUGCAGGUGUGACUGGUCUUUUGUGAUCAAAAUGUUAAUGAAGGUUCUAAACUGUAUUUUUUUUUUGUAUUUUCAAAAUCUAUAUUUUGCUAUUAAAGAAAAACACUUGCCCUAGCUGGUUUGGCUCAGUGGCUAGAGCAUUGGCCUGUGGACAAAGGGUCCCAGAUUUGAUCCAGGCCAAGCACUCUAGUUACAGGCUCCUCCAGACCCUCCUUUGCCCCUCCCCCUCCCCCGCCAGGCCCUGGUCAGACUGUGUGCAGGAGGCAACCAAUCGAUGUGCUUCUCUCACAUUGAUAUUUCUCUCUCUUUCCCUCUCUCUUCCAUUCUUUCUGAAAACCAAUGGAAAAAUAUCCUUGGGUGAGGAUUAAAAAACCCCCCAAAACAAAAUGAAGAAAAAUACUCAUUUUCCCUUGUCCCCAAAACAGUCUGUUUAUUCAACACACAUUUCUGCCUGUGCGAUGUGCAGGCGUUGUCCUAGGUGCUAGGUCACAGCACUGAACCAAACGGAUAAGACCUGAGGGGACAGGGUGGUAAACAGGUGAGCACAUCACAGUUUCAGAAACCCAGACAAUACACCAGGGUGAUAUGAUGGAGGCGUAUGUUUCGUAGAGUGGGCCUCUGAGCCAAGACCUGAGAGGUGAGGAGGAACCAGCCCUGGGAAGCACCGAGGAAGAUGAAAAAGGCAAAGAUGCUGAGCUGGGGGUGAACUUGGCAUUUUCCAGGAACUGGAGGAAGGUCCGUGUGGUUGGGGGAACAAGGGGCGAGCAAUAGGAUGUGAAGGGGUGAGGCUGGUGGGGCCUCACAGAUGGCUUAGGUUUUAGGGGCUCCUUUUCCUGCCUUUUGAGUCUGAACCACUUGAAAGGUGCAGGUGGCAGACUGAGGCUGAUCAUGGGCACCAGCCACAAGAUGAGCGUUACUUCUGAUCUGAGCUGGGUAGGAGGGCUUUAUGGGCUCACCAGCUGCCCCCUCGGCGGCGCGCCUGCUCUGUGGUGGGCAGAGCCAGGAGAGAGAAGAGAGGGCUCACCUGGGUACCCUUGAUUUUUUAUGCCAAACGCACCCAUCAGAGAAGACCUGGAUGUUUCUCCCGUGGUUUUCCCACUGGAGGGUGGAGGGGAAAUUCCUUCCCCAUCCGGCCGCAUGAGGACUGGGGUGUGAGUUCUCCCCAGUGUGGCCACGGUCAGGGCCUACGGGCCCCACACUGACACACCUGGCAGUUCCAGCUCAGCACCUGGGGGCCUGGGCUGAUCCAGGCUGGGCACCGGGGACGAGAAGUGUCAGGCAGGGAAGUGAGGUCUGUCUGGAGAUCUGGGUCCAUCGGGUGGAGUGUGACGGAAGGGUCCUGGGCCCGGCCCUGCUGGUCCUGGGAGUGGCUGCAGGUGCCCCGCCUGGAGCAGCUCCCGGGGAAAAGCUUCCUUUCACGCUGCCUUUCCCGUGGAAAUGGAGGGAGAAGAUAGGAAGUUAGAGGCAGUGGUACACAUGUAAACACUUUUUUAAAUUUAAAUUUUUUUUUUUUGCCCCAAACAGUGUUUAUUUGCCUUUCCAACUUGAUGAAUCCAUGUUUCUUUCAUCAAUUAAAAUGAACUCACUUUCAUUUUAUUUUAUUAAAAGACUGCCAAAGAGAUAAAAAUCUCAUUA